AUGGCUACCGAAAUGGGUUCCUUUUAUACACCUUCCACGACAGCCCAUGUGUCGCAGCACUCGUCACCCAUAGUCGAUGAGCUCAUCAGUAAGUAUUCGUCGUCCAUGAGCACAAGCUAUCGCACCGCAACGUCGCACGGCAAAAGUCACAAUUAUGUUCGACGCUGCGUCGAUCAGAUCCGUCUACUAUACUAUCGAUAUGAGGUGACAUUCGGUGUCUACGUCAUGACCCCCGGAGAAAAAUUUGUCGCAAACACUUUUGUCUUGGUGUCCCUGUUGCUGCUCAUCUGGGCCUCUCUUCUCUACUUUCCACAGCUACUUUUCCGGAAGAUAGGACGUAUGACCUGGCUUCUUACGGGUCACAGCGAAGAUGUGACUGCGCUUGCUGGCAUCUUUGAGCAGAGUUAUCUCAGUCCGACGGCAGCAGCUGCGAUCCCCGCAAGUUCCAUGGUGUCUUGA